AUGUCAUUCGUAGCAGUUAUCGAUUCCACCAAGAACAAGCAGAUCUGGUCUAAGGCAAUCCACUCAUUAGCAUCCAUUUCCGAUCACAUCAAGUUCGUGGUAUCCACUGAAGAACUCACUUUGUCGUCCGUCAAUAGUGCCCGUACCUCUCAUGCCGAGAUCAGAUUCAAGAAGCGAUUUUUCCACGAGUUCUCAGUUGAUUUUACCAACAUCAUCAACGAAGGAUAUGAGGAACACGAAGACGGGUCAAAUAGUUACUCAUUUCUUAUCAAUUCGAAACAUUUAGCAACCUUAUUCCGAAACCUAGACGCCAAUGACUUAGACUACAUCUGUUUUCGGAUCCAUUGGGCCCAUGACUCCAAUUCAGCCAUGAAAUACAAACUCUUAAUUGAAAUCAAGACGCGUAAAUUGAUCAUCAAGAAGUACCUGGCGGGCUAUCAGCCCUUGUUCAGGAAGAAGGUCAUCAUUGCUGACAUUUACAAGGACCAAUUGCAGAAAAACGAUGAUUCCAUUGACGAAAAUAGAAUCAACUAUAUAAUGAUCGAACAAAUGGUACCCAAACAAUUCCUUGACAUGAUUCCUUCAAGCACAGAAGAUUUCAAAAUUGAAAUCAAGAACGACAAAAUCCUGUUUAGCGGAUAUACCAAACAAGUUCUCAAAGAUAGAGAGUACUUGAAACAGCCGAUGUCAUUAACCAUCACUCUCAACUUGGAUGAGCUUCUCAAUAGCAACUUGAUGAUGGCGAGAGACAAAGAUCCUCUCAAAAAAUGUAUCAACUUCAGGUUGAAGGAAUUCAAGAACUUCAUGAACCUCAUCAGCACUUUAAACAUGUCUAAUUCAAACAACGAAAUAGGUGAGGGGUAUGUCAAUUUAAAUGAAAGUGAACCCAAUGGGGAUUGUUUUGCUAUCUACUUCCGAAAUCCCGGUGAUCCUGUCUUGUUCGAGCUUCAGAAUCAUUCUAUGGACAUUCAUUUCAUUCAAAUAACUACCGAUGAUACUAGUAAUAUGAUGGCGAAUUCGACCAAUUUGACUUCAAAAGAUUUGAAAAAGAACUCUGAGUUGCAGUUGCAACCAUACGUUAUACAUAAAGUUGAAAAGCAAGAGUCGCCUGUUCGUCCAACUAAAUCAUCAUCUGAACCUAAGCCAACAAUACGUCAACCAAUACCCAAAAUUAAAAGAAGUCAUACGGAUAAGUUGGUCAAGAGAAAAGCUAAGUACUCUACACCUGAGCCUCUUAGUCAGCUCAUUCCAUCUUCUGCAGAAACUGAAAGUAUGGUAACAUAUACCAGGGAAAGCAAUGCAAACACGUCUUCUAGCAGCAAGCGCCACAAAACCUCCAGAAGUAACGACGAUAAUACCGAUUACUCUGAUACUGAAGAAGAAUACAUGGCACUGGAGGAUCAAAUGGGAGAUUUAGAAUUUGGUCCUACUCAAUUGAAUAAUAAGCCCAAAUCGAUAUUCGAUGAUCUAUAA